AUAGCGGCCACAUUCUGAUUUCUUCUGUUCCCUCAUCGGGAGAAGAAGAAAAAAGCAUAAGCAAACGAGCCUGGGAUCUCUCUGGUUUCCUCAUAUCACCAGAGAAAGAAGAGAGGAGGGGAGCGUGCAAGAGGCGGAAAUGGCUGCGAUAUCAGCAGCAUUCUCCGGCUGCUGCUCUUCGUCCUGCCUGUCCCAGCCGGGCCUGCUGCCGACCACAAAGUCGAGAAGGCACUUCAAGGUCACGGCCAUGGCUCCCAAGAACAAGGUGAACAAGUACGACGAGGGGUGGUCAAAGCAGUGGUUCGGGGCGGGGAUCUUCGCGGAGGGGAGCGAGGAGGCCUCCGUGGACGUGUUCAAGAAGCUGGAGAAGCGCAAGGUGCUGAGCACGGUGGAGAAGGCCGGUCUGCUGUCCAAGGCGGAGGAGCUGGGCGUCACGCUCUCCUCGCUGGAGAAGCUGGGCCUGCUCUCCAAGGCCGAGGACCUGGGCCUCCUCAGCCUCGUCGAGACCGCCGCCACCGUGUCCCCCGCCGUGCUCGCCUCGCUCUCGCUGCCGCUGCUCGUCGCCGCCAUCGGCACCGUCGUCCUCGUGCCCGACGACUCCUCGCUGCUCGUCACGCUCCAGACGGUCGUCGCCACGCUCUUCGCCGCCGGCGCCGCAGGGCUGUUCGUCGGCUCCGUCGUGCUCGACGGGCUGCAGGAAGCGGAUUAGCAUCAUGGCGAUUGGCAAAUGGCAACUAGUAUGCUCUGAGUAAACGAUCACCACUCGCAGUUAUGCAUCAUGCAAAGCAAGCGCGAUUGCUCAAGAAAUUGCGAUUACGUGCUUGCUGUGGAUGCUCUGUGUAAUUAGGAAAACAAGUGUUCUUUCGUUCGUCCGAAAAUGCAGAUGCAGAUGUAUGUGGCCAUAGUAUAUUUUCUGUGCCGAGCUCAGCUGACCAUGAUAUGCUGGGCAGUGGGCAAUGACA